CAUUAGACUUUGAGUCGUGAACGCGGCGCAGGCAUCUCCGUGCUUUGACAAAUUGGUGUUUUCUAUACUUGACAUUACAUUUGUUUUAAUCCACUAUCUGCACAGAAAAGUCCUAAAAUAAGGAGGAUAUUACACUGAAACAGGUAACAUUUGAAGAGGGCCCUGUUAAUUUGUCAGCGUGGCGUGAACAUGACUGAGGUAGCACAAAAUAUUGCUGAUGUCGCAUACGACAUGACUGAUGUGGCACAUGAUGUGUGUGAUGAAGCACACGAAAUGAGUGAUAAAGAGAACAACGACGACAUGAACGAGUUGCAUGGCCACGUGYCACACAAAGAGGACGAUGUGGAACACGACAAGCAUGAUUUGGCACACAAAGACAAUGUGGCAUACAAAAAUAACGAUGUGUCCCAUGACGAACAUGAUGAGGCACAAGAAAAGAAUGAGGCGCACAAUGACCAUGAGGAAGAAGUUCACACCGAAGAGGAUGAGGUUCACACAGAGCCCGAGGAAGAGGAGGAGGAAGAAGAUGAGGCACACGACAGGAAUGAUGUGGAGCACAAAGAAAAUUAUACAGUUAAGGACAAGGCAAGGCAAAGGUCAAGAUCCAGGAAAGACAAGAARGAUGUGGCACAAAAUGGAGUUGCACAUGACAUGAACGAUGAGUCAGAGAAAGAAGAGAAGGACCAGUCACAGAACGUAUCUGAGGUGGCUCUGAAACAAAAGAGACUUCUGCGCUCCAAAAAGCCGGUGGCCAGGAGCUACGUGCCCCAGAUCGGUAAGGCUGACGUGAAGAACAAGUUUGAGGCCAUGCAGAAGGCCAGGGAGGAGCGCAACAGUAGGAGGAGCCUAGAGGAGCACCAGAAAAGGAAGGAGCAGUACGUCAAGGAGAGAGAAUACAACCGCAGGAAGCAACAGAUAAAAGAACUACUCGCCUCCAGUGAUGAGGAGGAGGAGGUGAAGCCGGCCAAGGUAGAGAAAUCCUACGUCCCCAAGAUCACAGGCAGUGUGAAGGGGAAGUUUGCCGAGAUGGAGAAGCAGAGACAAGAGGAGGAGAGGAAACGGAUGGAGGAGGAGAGGAAGAAGCGCGCCGCCCAGGACAUCAUGGAGAAAGCGAAGAUGCAGAAGGAGCUGGCCAAGAAAGCCGCAGAGGAGGGAGAUGACACCAUCCUGGUCCGUGUGGUGCCGGCCAAGCCGUCACGACCUCCAGGCAGGAUCAAGAUGAACUUUGAGGACCUGGAGAAGAACCGCGAGGAAGAGCAGAAGAAGAGGACAGAGGAGGAGAAGAAGAAGCGCUACAACGAGAACAGGCACUCCUUCCGCGAGGCCAAGCGGAGCUCGGUCGUCCAGGAUGAGGACGAGGAACAGCCCACAGAGAAGGAGCAGGUGACUCCUGGGAAGCUAAAAAUGACGUUUGAGGAGGCUGAGAAGGAGAGGCAGGAAUGCCUGAGAAAGCAGGCAGAGAGGGAGGCUAAACGACGUCUGCAGGACGAGAAGAAAGCCUUUGAGGAGGCCAAGCUGGAAAUGGGAGAAGAUGAGGAGGACUCACAAGGAGCUCAAGGCGAGAGAGAGGUCAUCCAACCUGGUAAACUGAGGUUGAGCUUCGAGGAGCUUGAGAAACAGAGGGUAGAGAAUGAACGCAAAGCAGCAGAGGUUGAAUACAAGAAACGAAUGGAAGAGGAGAGGAAGGCUUUCGCCGAGGCCAGGAAAAUCAUGAUAGUGGAUGAAGAUGACGAGGUGUUGAUGGCCAUGCUGAACCUGGAGGGCAGCAAGCCAGGGAAGCUGUGUGUCAGCUUCGAGGACAAGGAGCGUCAGAGGAGAGAGGCGGAGGAGAAGAAAGCGGAGGAGGAGGCCAAGAGGAGGCUGGAGGAGGAGAAGAGGCUCUUCGCAGAAGCCCGCAAGAACAUGAGCUCCCUGGAUCUGGAAAAACCUAAGACUUCAUAUCGAGAUGGAGAAGUGCUAGAUGAGGACGAGGACGGAAUGGUCAAGAGCGAAUCCCAGGAAGCAUUGCAUCCUGGAAAACUGGAGAUGAACUUCGAAGAGCUGCUUAAGCAGAAGGAGGAAGCCGAUAGGAGGUGCAAGGUGGCGGCGCGCAAAAAGAAAAUGGAGCAGGAGAAACAGGAGUUUGAACAGCUCAGACAAGAGAUGGGAGAGGARGUGGUGAAUGAGAGCUCUGAUACAGUGAGUAAGGAGUAUGAGGAGCUGAAGAAACUCAAGAGGACUGGCUCCAUCCAGGCCAAGAACCUCAAGUCCAAGUUUGAGAAGAUCAAGCAGUUGAAAGACGAGGAGAUCCAGAAGAAGAUUGAGGAUGUGAGAGCAAAGAGAAAGGCUGUAGAUGAGGAAAUCAAAGAGAGGGAAGAAGAGAGGAUCCAGGAGGAUGAUGAUGAAGGCAAAAAUGACACAGAGAAGGGGGCUGAGGAGGCUCCGUUCAGACAGAAGGUGGACAUGCGUGCACGGUUUGAACAAAUGGCCAGAGCCAGAGAGGAGGAGGAGAAGAAGAGGGUGGACGAACAGAAGCUUCAGAGGAUGCAGUUCGAGCAGCAAGAGAUUGACGCCGCUCUCCAAAAAAAAAGGGAAGAUGAGGAGGAGGAAGAGGGAAGCAUCAUCAAUAGCUCGGCAGCCUAUGAGGAUGAGGAGGACCAUGCCAGGUCGGGGGCUCCGUGGUUUAAGAAGCCCCUGAAGAACCAAUCGGUGGUGGAUGCCGAGCCAGUGCGAUUCACAGUGAAGAUUACCGGGGAGCCCAAGCCGGAGGUGACCUGGUGGUUUGAGGGGGAGAUGCUCCAGGACUGUGAAGACUAUCAGUACAUAGAGAGAGGAGAGACAUUCUGCCUCUACCUGCCAGAGACCUUCCCAGAGGACGAGGGCGAGUACAUGUGCAAGGCUGUCAACAGCAGAGGCACCGCCGCCAGCACCUGCAUCCUAACGAUAGAAACUGACGACUACUGAUGCUCUACUUUUUCUGGAACUUUCCCUGUCUCUCUCACUCCUUUUGUAAAACUUCAUCCCUCAUGGUAGGGCCAAAAAGAGGAGGAAACAGCAUUAUGCUCUCCAUUCCUUCUCGGGAUACACACAACAUGAAAAGUGCAAUAUCGUGUUGUUUACGUAUUGCUCAUCAUUCAUCAAUAAAGCUGCACUCCCUUUCAGUAUUACGUUUAGGAUGAAAUCUGUGCCAAAUCACAUAUUGAUCCCCUGAGUGAUUGCUGUCACGAAUGAUGUUCAGAUUGAUUUUGUGAUCAUAACAUCAUAUAUCAAGGCUGUUCAACUCUGAUCCUGGAGGGCUGAAACACUUUUGGUUUUCAUCCUCUCCUUCUAAUCAGGGACUAAUUCAGACUUGGGACACCAGGUGAGUACAAUUAACUACUAGGUAGAAACAAAAAACUGAAAUGUUUUGCCAUUCCAGGACCGGAAUUGAAUAAUACUGUCAUAAAUCAUAACAUCUUUGCAUCAGGGAAAGUCUCCCUCCAAAGGUAAAAUUUUAGAAAGUUCAAUUUGAGAAUAUGGUGCAACCCAAUUUAAAGCCUAAUGAAAUCCCUGUAAAAUAGACACAGUAUGCAUUGCACAGUUAAUUUGCAGAAUUGGUUACUAAUAAAAUAAUGAUCUAAUUAGGAUUUUUGUUUCUUUUCAUUUUUAAUAUUUGAAUAAUUAUCUGAAAGGUUUGGUUGUAAUGUACACUUAGAUUUUUCAUAUCGCAAUAGUAUUUUUCACAUUGAGUUAUUAAAGUACUCUACAGGAAAAUGUAUGAUAUAAUUGUCUUGGACACUGUUGUAUGGCUUGAAAUAUAGUGACAUGUUUGUGAUAUGUUUAUUUAAAGUUUUAAUAAAAUGUGCUAAAUACUA